GCAAAAAAUCUCAGGGGCCAGCUCCCUUGUCCCGAGUCCAAGCCCAAUAUUGGCACCAAAACAGAAAGAUACCCAGUAAAAGUCUGCAUUUCAGAUAGUUAUCUUUUAGGUAUUUCAAACUUUUAUUCCAGAAAUCAAAUUUGACUGGAAGUCAUGUUUGUAUUUGCUACAUCUGGUGGUAACUCUAUAUAGAAAAGGCCUCCUUGUCUCUUUAAACCUGAACCGCUUUCCGCAGUUUGCCAGGACCACUUGAUUCUGUCACUUCACUGAGCCACUUGACUUGGAACUCAAUCUCUCUGGACCUCACCUUUUGAAGCGACAGGUGAGGGGCCCACCUCUCAAGAACCGGGCGGCUUACACAAGGCUCAGUGUUUUGCAAAGCGCCCGCUAGCGACCUGCGGGUUCCCGGAUGUUGGCGGUUCACCAGCCCAAGCUCAGCACAGCGAAGCGCCGGCCCCACCUCGGUGGAACCCAACGCAACUCAACAGAGCGAGUAAAACAACCAAACUACGAAGAAGAUAUGAACUAUGUUUUCCACAUGCUGAGCAAAACUCGCUAAACGGGGGGAUCUUCCCACACCCUCCUGAGGUACAGCUGCUUCGAGAGGGCCUGAGAAGAGAGCGCCCGCAGUUCAGAGUAAGUCGCCCGCCUACUUCCGAGAGAAGAAUGAGGCCCCGCCCACACGCUUCCGGUUUGGUGAACUUUCCUUCCCGACUUCAUCCCGUACUUUCGACAAAACUUUGAGAGUUGGGAAUCUGGUAUUUACCCUUAACAUUUCUGUAUUUUCUGCACCCUUAUAUCACUGUGAAUAUAAAAAUUAAGGUGCUAGAAUUGAACGAGUGGCAUGACGUAAAGGGAGACCAGGUAAGUGGGCCUGCCUGGCGAAAGUGCUCAGCGGAAGCACCGCACUCCUUUCCUCGCCGGCCGGAAGUCGCCGGGUCUGAAUGAGUCCUCGAGCCGGCGGCGGCCGUGGUUCUUUGGUCUCCAGUUGACACUGAGUGGCGCCUCGCCGCCGGUUUUGUUUGUCGCUGUGCCGCCAGGUUCAUGUGGAGGCUCCCGGGCUUCCGCGCCGUGCUUCGUAGGGUCCGGAAGGCGGUGGAACAGUGCAGCCGCACCGAGGCAGCCCCUGACCCGGCGCUAGCAGCCAUGGAGCGCGCUGUAGUGCGCUGUGUGCCCUCGGAGCCCAAGCUGAGCCUGUCCUUUGCGCUGGCCGACGGCAGCCACAAGAACAUGCAACGGGACCAGAGCGAGCCGCUGGGCCGGGCCCUCAACCGGAUCGCAACCAACGCUCUCAAGGGCCACGCUAAGGCGGCGGCCGCCAAGAAGAGCCGGAAGAAUCGACCCGGCGCGAGCGGCGGGGCUGCCUGUGCGGGGAGUGGGCCGGAGCCGGCCGCGGCCUGCGAGCCGGUGGUGAAGCUGUACUACCGUGAGGAGGCCGUGGCCGAGGACGUGCUCAACGUGGACGCCUGGCAGGACGGCGCCGUGCUGCAGAUCGGCGAUGUCAAGUACAAGGUGGAGCGCAACCCGCCCGCCUUCACCGAGCUGCAGUUGCCGCGGUACAUCAUGGCGGGCUUCCCGGUGUGUCCUAAACUCACCCUGGAAUUUGGGGACCCCGCCGGGUCCCUUUUCCGCUGGUACAAGGAAUCCAAGCCGGGAGCGGCGGAGUCUGAGGGCAGUGGCUCCUCGUCCUUGCCUCCCCCCACCGCUCCUCCUACUUGGACCGAGACCGGUGUGGAGGAGCGCGUGUACACCCCGUGCAAUGCCGACAUCGGGCUGCGGCUGAAGCUUCGAUGCACGCCAGGCAAUGGGCAGCGCUUCGGGCCGAGCCGGGAGCUGGAGAGUGUGUGCCCAGUGGAGGCCGGGCCUGGCACUUGCACUUUUGAUCACCGGCAUCUCUACACCAAGAAAGUGACGGAGGACGCGCUCAUCCGCACCGUGUCCUACAACAUCCUGGCCGACACGUACGCCCAAACUGAGUUCUCGAGGACCGUGCUGUACCCCUACUGUGCCCCCUACGCCCUGGAACUCGACUACCGCCAGAACCUUAUCCAGAAGGAACUCACCGGCUACAACGCCGACCUCAUCUGUCUGCAGGAGGUUGACCGUGCAGUGUUCUCGGACAGCCUGGUUCCCGCGCUCGAGGCCUUUGGGCUGGAGGGCGUGUUUCGAAUCAAGCAACACGAAGGCCUGGCCACUUUCUAUCGGAAGUCCAAGUUCAGCCUUCUUAGCCAGCACGACAUUUCUUUUCAGGAAGCCCUGGAGUCAGAUUCACUUCACAAGGAACUGCUGGAGAAGCUAGCUUUGUACCCUUUGGCGCAAGAGAGGAUACUCCAGAGAUCCUCGGUCCUCCAGGUUUCAGUUCUUCAGUCUACAAAGGAUUCUUCUAAAAGGAUAUGUGUUGCUAAUACCCAUCUCUACUGGCAUCCAAAAGGUGGGUACAUUCGACUCAUUCAAAUGGCUGUAGCUUUGGCUCACAUUAGACAUGUCUCAUGUGACCUGUAUCCUGGUAUACCAGUUAUAUUUUGUGGGGACUUUAAUAGUACGCCAUCAACAGGAAUGUAUCAUUUUGUCAUCAAUGGUGACAUUGCAGAGGAUCAUGAAGACUGGGCUUCCAAUGGGGAAGAGGAAAGAUGCAACAUGUCUGUCUCACACAGCUUCAAACUGAAGAGUGCUUGUGGUGAACCUGCUUACACAAAUUAUGUAGGUGGCUUUCAUGGAUGUCUAGAUUACAUUUUCAUUGACUUAAAUGCUUUAGAAGUUGAACAGGUGAUUCCAUUACCUAGCCAUGAAGAAGUUACCACCCACCAGGCCUUACCUAGUGUUUCUCAUCCCUCCGAUCACAUAGCAAUUGUAUGUGAUUUGAAAUGGAAGUAGAUUUCUGUUUGGUAGAAUUUGUUUAAAGUCUGAAAAGGAAGUUUGCUUUGCAGAAAAUUAAUCUGAACCAAAUCUUACAUGUAACCUUUUAAGAGGAAAUCCAGACAUUAAGGUAAAACUACAUUAGUUCCUUCCCUACUAGUUAUGUUCCAGUCUUUGUUACAAGACCCUCAUAAUAUCAUCAUAUAGUUUCUCUCUGCCUUUUUUAAUUUCUUAAACUUGGAGUAAAAACAAAUGUAUUUAGGACUAGCAAGAAGAAAACUGAAUUAUUGUGUAAACUUUUAUAAAUGUUUUUUAGCUGGUAAUUAAGAAUUUUCUAAGUACCAUUCAAAGGAUCUUAUCAUUUUUCUUUCAUAACACAUUUCACAUUCAAUUAUGUUCCUAUAAUUGGGGAGGGGGGGCAUACAGGUUAAGGUGAGAAACCUAAGUUCUGAUACAUGAAAGGAAAUACUAGGGUUUACUUCUACCUCAAUUUGGUUAGGAAUUUAUUACAAUUUCAGAGCUUUAACAAAAGAUUAAAACAUACAAUCAUUCA